GGGAGGAUGCAGUGUGUGAAACUGCCCAUCAGUGUGACAGUGGAGAUCAAUCUGCUGCUGGUGGCAGUGACAGCACUUGCGCUCGUGACCAGACUAAAUGGCAUCCACUUUCCUAAAGCUGUAGUGUUUGAUGAAGUUUAUUAUGGACAGUUCCUGUCUCUGUACAUGAAGCAAGUGUUUUUUAUUGAUGAGAGUGGUCCACCUUUUGGCCACAUGAUACUUGCUUUUGGAGCAUAUUUAGGAGGAUUUGAUGGCAACUUUGUUUGGAACAGAAUUGGAGCAGAAUAUACCAGUAAUGUUCCUGUUUGGAGCCUUCGGAUAAUACCGGCCCUUGCUGGAUCCUUUUGUAUACCACUUGCUUAUCUCCUGGUGGUGGAGCUGGGAUAUUCCCACUUCUCAGCAUUGGGGGGCAGUGCGCUGCUCCUCAUGGAAAAUUCCAUGAUUGUGCAAUCACGCUUCAUGCUGCUGGAGUCUGUUUUAAUCUUUUUCCUACUGUUAGCUGUACUGUCUUACCUCCGCUUCCACAAAGCACGCAAUUCAUCUUUUAGGUGGUUUUGGCUCGUGAUCUGUGGGGUCAGUUGUGCAUAUGGAAUUGGGGUUAAGUACAUGGGUAUAUUCACAUACUUGUUACUGCUAGGCCUGGCAGCUGUACACACCUGGCAACUUAUUGGAGAUCGAACCUUAAGCCAUGGCAAAGUAGUGGUCCAGGUUUUGGUUCGCUUCCUGGCCCUUGUGGUGUUACCCAUCAUCAUGUACCUUGGAUUUUUCUACGUCCAUCUUACACUGCUGUAUCGCAGUGGACCACAUGACCAGAUGAUGAGCAGUGCUUUUCAAGCAAGUCUAGAGGGCGGUCUAGCCCGGAUCACUCGGGGGCAGCCCUUGGAUGUAGCGUUCGGCUCGCAGGUCACUCUCCGCACCGUGUCCAGUAAACCUGUUCCAUGUUGGCUUCACUCCCACAAGGUUAACUAUCCAAUCAGGUAUGAAAACGGCCGCGGUAGCUCCCACCAGCAGCAGGUGACCUGCUAUCCUUUCAAAGACGUCAACAACUGGUGGAUUAUUAAAGACCCUGGGCGGCAGAGUCUUGUGGUUAGCAGCCCACCCAGACCUGUCAGACAUGGCGAUAUUAUUCAGCUGCUACAUGGAAUGACAUCUCGCUACCUAAACACACAUGAUGUUGCAGCCCCCAUGAGUCCUCACUCACAGGAAGUGUCUGGAUACAUUGACUUUAAUGUGUCUAUGCCGGCUCAAAAUCUAUGGAGAGUGGACGUAGUGAACAGGGAGUCCGAUAGAGAGAUCUGGAAGACGAUUUUAUCAGAGGUGCGACUAGUCCAUGUGAACACUUCUGCUGUUCUGAAGCUCAGUGGAGCGUCUCUGCCAGAGUGGGGUUUCAAACAGCUGGAGGUGGUUGGGGAUAAGAUUCAUAAAGGUUACCAUCAGAGUGGCAUGUGGAACGUGGAGGAGCACCGCUAUGGCAGAAGUCAGGAACAGAAGGAAAGGGAGUUGGAGCUGAAGUCACCUACUCACGGCGACGUCCACAGAAACCUCACUUUUAUGGCCAAAUUUCUUGAGCUGCAGUGGAAGAUGCUGACAGUAAAGAAUGAAGACUCCGAGCACAAAUAUAGUUCAUCACCUCUUGAAUGGAUCUCAAUGGACACUAACAUUGCAUACUGGCUUCAUCCUUCAAGUAAUGCACAAAUUCAAUUGAUAGGGAAUUUUGUGACUUGGACCAUUGCAAACCUUGUGCUGGUGGUGUACUGUCUUCUGUUUUUAACCUACUUGCUAAGGCGACAGAGGAAAGUUGAAGACAUUCCUCAAGACGCUUGGGAACAGCUGGUUUUGGCUGGUGUUGUUUGCUUUGGAGGCUGGGCAGUUAAUUACCUGCCAUUCUUCCUAAUGGAGAAGACUCUGUUUCUGUAUCACUAUCUUCCAGCGCUCACCUUCAAGAUCUUGCAGAUACCGAUUGUCAUAGAGCACCUGUACAUCCAUGUACUGAGAUCCCCAGCUCAACAGAAAGCAUUUGGUGGUGUUAUUUUGGCAGUCCUUUGUUCAGUAUAUGUGUCCUACCGCAACUUGAGUCCUCUCACCUACGGCCGGCCAGCGUUAAUGUCAGACGAGCUUGCUGCACUACGUUGGAGAGAAAGUUGGGAUAUUCUCCUGCGAAAACGCUAAAAAUGUUUCCUAAAGAACAGCAGCUUCCAU